AUCAACACGCAGCAGUACGAUCGUAUUCAGUUCCAAUUCUUAGCUUGAAGCAAACGGAUGUAGCUAUGCGUGAUCUGUUGCGAUGGCUGCUGCUACUAUCCGGUGUGUUGUGCGUCUGGAGUCAGACGGUCGGCGUCAAUCGGCUCGUGUGCGGCCGGCGUAAGGUGAAAUCGGUUUAUCUCAUUCACAAUGGUAUCGACGCAAUGCCGGGUCACUGGCCGUGGCAUGCGGUCAUCUAUCAGCGUGCGAACGGUGCUGAAGAGUACAAGUGUGGUGGCUCGAUCAUCGAUGAAGAUACCAUUCUCACAUCUGGUCACUGUGUUACGGUUGGGAGUAGAGCUAUCUCACCUGAGCAGCUGUCGAUCGAGGUAGGCCGUAUUCGGCUGCACGAACGUACGGAAUACACCCAGACGCAUGGUGUGCGGCAGGUGAUAGUACAUCCUGGAUUCAAUGUGCGCCGGUUCAAGCACGACAUAGCUCUGAUCAAACUGGCGAGCAACAUUACUAUGACACCGCACGUACAACCCGUGUGUCUGUGGACGAUGGACAACAAUCAGGAGUUGAUCGUUGGCAAGAACGGUACAGUGCUGGGGUUCGGACUGACCGAGCAAGACGUCGUGUCGGAGCAGUUGAAGCAGGCGUCGAUCGGUGUGGUCGAUACGCUGACAUGCCUUGCGAAUGAUCGGGCAGCGUUCGGAACGUACCUGACGUCGGAGAUGUUUUGCGGAGGAGGCCGGGAUGGAGUGAGCGCCUGCAACGGAGACAGUGGUGGUGGAUUGUUUCUGGAAGUUGAGGGCAGAUGGUUCGUGCGAGGUAUUGUUUCGUUCAUUCCAUUGCGAAAAAAUACGGCUCUAUGUGAUACGUCAAAGUUCACGGCCUUUGCCGAUGUGGCCAAGUAUCUGAAGUGGAUCGAACAGUACAUUGACCCUCGUGUGCUCGUGUUCGAUACGGACGACUAUGAAGUGGAUUAUGAGGAAAAGCUUCCACUUUUCGAUCUUAAAACGUGUGGUAUCAAGUCGGACACAUUUCUUGCCGAAGGAUCUCACAUGAGCUACCCUUGGGUUGGUUUCGCCGUGGUGCCUCCGGCUACCAUUGCGAAGUGUGUCGUUACGCUCGUCAGCGAAUGGUAUGUCGUUGGUCCAGCAAGCUGUUUCGAGAACGAUGGAAACGAGGUUCGCAUUCGAUUGGGUGAAAAUCUGAAAGAGCGAAAAUGCUUCGAUCGUAACGGAACGACGGUGUGCGCCUAUCCACUGCAAGCACUGCAAAUCCAGCGCAUCAUCAUCCACCCAAGGUACAACGAUAAAUAUUUCACGGACAACAUAGCGCUGGUGGAGCUGCUGACUCCAGCGGACAUAACGCAGCCGAACGUGAGACCCAUCUGUCUGCCGGUCACAAACGAGCUUUACUCGAACCAAACCUCCAACCUGUUGGCCAUUGGGAUAUCUUUUGUUAAAGAAUCGUUUGUGGAAAAGCGCAUCCGCUACGUUAACUCCUCACAAUGUAUAGAUAUGUACCUAGACGAAGGGUUGAGGUUGAACUUGGAUGAGAAGCGUAUUUGUGGCGAACUGUCUGCUGAAGCAACGAACAAUUGUGCUGAACUCAUUUCGGGUGCACCUCUGCAGGAAUUGAGCACCGUUGGUACGGCCGGGGAGCAGCGGUACGUACUGCGAGGGUUCGAAUUAUUUAAUAAACAAUGUGACUACACCUUGCCGAUUGUGUACAACAAUUUGUACGCUUACCUCGACUGGAUGCUGUACAACAUGAGAUUCAACGAGGUGAAUGCGGACUCGUCCCUUGAAGCGAAAUGGGCGAUCCGGCAGAAAAAUCAUGAAAAGUUAGGCCUUUUCAAUAUGAGCUCCUGUGGUAUCGUUUUAAAGCCACUAAGAGAAUAUGGUUCCGAAUCUUACAAUCCUUGGAUUGGCUCACUCGAUGAGCUGAAUACUGAGAUACAGUCACGUACGUUCAAAGUGAUACUCAUAAGCGAACGGUAUGCAUUAGCCCCAGCUCAGCAAUUUAGCGGUCCAAAAGAGUGGGGAUCAAUUAUUCUAGGUUAUCGUCAUACACUUUAUGACCUAAAAUGUAGGUUUGAAGCAUGUGGUGAUCCGCCUUUUCAGAAGGUGAAAAUUAAGAAGGUAUACAUCCAUCCAGAGUUUAAUGAGCAACACCUCACCCUAAAUAAUAUCGCUCUCAUUGAGCUGAUGGAACCGGCCAACACUACUAAGACGGCGAUCAGUCCGAUCUGUCUACCGUUGAUGCAGGAGUUCCGCAACAGUACACCGUUGGAGUUGCAGCUGGCAAUGGAUUUAUCGGAAAGUAGAAAUGUAAAACGGUUGAGUCCGGCCAGCUGUCGGGCGCAGCUCAUCCAUGGAGGACAUUUCUUUGCAGUGCAUGAGCUUCCGGUUUGCGCAGAGGGCUAUGAUACGAAUGCCGAUGUGCGGUUGGCAGAACAUUCCGGAUCGGCACUGCAAGGGCCGUUAGAGUUUGACGAUCGCAAGCGUUAUUUUCUAUACGGGUUUCGGCUGCUUUUAAAGUCCGAUGACACGGCAUCUCCCGACCUACCGUACCUUCUCACUGAUGUUAGCCAACAUCUCGAUUGGAUCUUGGAGAAUAUGAGCGUUACUGGUAUGGAUCAUUCAUCUAGUCCGACGCAGUAAUUUAUGAAAAUGAUUUUAGAGACCAGUUAGUUUCUUAUGUCAACUUGUUGGACUCUCUACAUUCCGUUUGAAUUGGGUUCGUGGCAAGGUUUUGUUAUAUUAGGGUUGCCAACGCAGUUGUGGCAGCUGAAAUAGACCGGCACGAUCAAACCGGUUAUAGCCGUUCCCGUGAAUUUUUCUUAUAUGCUGACAAUUUUAACAAUAUGGCCACUUGCUCUAAAACAAAGUUUUUUAAGCUUUCUCUAAGUUUCUUUUAUUUAGAGCCACUAAAAAAUCUCUCGCUUUUCUCCGAGUUUGAUGAAAGAGUGACAAAGAGCCAAAAUCCUAGCUACAUAAGGGAUAUUACGGGGGAUUCGACCGAUUCGUUGCGAACGCAUCCUUUCUGUGACCCCCUUUGCUGAUUUUUGACGUUGCUGCUGUGGUGCGUUAUCGUGGUCUCCCAGAUUAUUGUUAUCUGAUUAUUUAUUAAAGUUCCGAAACUUGAUGAAAAAGUUCAUGUCAUCUGAGCAGGUUAAUUUGGUUAUGAAAUAAAAAAAUCCGUUAAAUGUAUUCUCCAAAAUUCAAACAGUCGCCUGGGCAACACAAGAUCACGAUUUGGGGUUUUGUGUGGAGUCUUUAUGGAUAUUCUCACUUUCUUUACUUUUGUAUCGUGAUUUAGUUGCUAUCGAUCGCAAUCCAUGAUAUGGGUCGAUAUAAGAUUUUUUAAGAUCUCUCAUCACAUGCCUUCGGUGCUAAUUCCUUCUUGUUCAAAGCUCAAUGUAUUGAGACCGGUUUGGAAAUAUAUGGCCACAAACCAGUUUUCAUGAAAUCAAGCUCAGUGUAUAGAAUACUCUAAAACAUUCUUAAAUCCCGACCACGAUAGAUUGGGAAGCGCGUAACAACCCCCAAAACUCUAAGGCAUCACAGAGUUCGCUGCAUAUUUUAAUAAACCAGUAUAAUAAAAACAACUGUCAAAAAACCCAA